GGAAAGCCGCUGCCCAGCGGCCGCCAUUAUUCUUCCUGGCUUGACGUCCAACUUAAGACGGUUUAAUACUUUUAAACACUGUAUUUUACACUAUACUACUCAAUUCAGAGUCUUUUUAGUGCAGUCAGUUGAGUAACUAUUGACUAAGCUACGAAUCUCGAGUCCAGCAUGGACAGACGGUCCAGCAAAACGGGUGCUGGAAAUGCCCUUCCCUUGGCCUCCCUUCGCCUGUUGGCUUCUCCUUUGCAGCUGACGUAUUCCUACAUAUGGCAGGUUAUACGGCAGAGAAAUGUCAAGCAUUACGUGAAAGUGGAAGAAUUUGUGACCAUGGUCAUACAGACUGUUCCUGAGCUCCUGAGUUUCAAGCAGACUGCCCAGCUAAUCUUGGGUUUGCGAGCUAGGAUUAUCCUUGAUCUGCUUCACAAAGACGGCCCACCAGAUUCUAAGGCUAUUCAGACUCUGAUAAACAAGUUGAAGGUCUCCACAUCUACAGGGAAGGAUGCAGAAGUGGAAAAAUCACAGACAAACUUCAUGGUGCUGGUACAGAAUCUGCUUAAAAACCCAACUGAGAGGAAACGCUUCUUCCAGGAAGUGUUCCCGGUUCAUUACGGCUCUAAGUUUGACACAGCACUGCAGGCCCUCACCGCAGGCCUCGUGUGCAAGCUGGAGCAACUUCUUCCUGUUCCAAAUCUAUCCCAGCUUGGUUCCAUGAUCUCAACUGAGCCCACUGUCCUGGAAGCUUGUGGAGGCUUCAUUCCUGACCCAGGUGACCUGAAGACUCUUCUUCUACACCAGCAGGCCAAAGGACUCAUUGGCGUUAAAGCAACUGUCUCGACUUCAGUGGGCGACUGUGUGCUCUCUUCGCUUGCCUUCCUGCCCAAACCAGUGGAGCCGCCGCCACCCCCACCACCACCCCCACCAGCUCCAGUACCGUCGCCAAAGCAACUGGAGGUCACCCAGAGCGAAAAAAGCCCAGAACCCCUAAGUGACAAUGAAGACAUGGUGGGGAUUUCAGAUGACUCUGACAGCCAAGCGGCUCUUGUCAGUCAACAAGAAGUUCCGUUAAGUCAGCAAACAGCCGAUGGCUGUGCGGAAAAGGAGAAGGGUGUCACAGUAACGGCUCAGCUGAUGGAGCCAGGACAGGAAACGACCUCCGCUCCGGAGCAGUCUGUCACAAGUCCUCAAAGCAAAGGGAACGAUGGAGCGACGGCCACGCAGGACAGGCUGGAACCACAGCGACUGCCUUUGAAAGCCAUCCCUUUCAGGGUUGUUCAGAUGCCGGUCAAAAGCACCCCGGCCGCGCAGAACGCGAGCAGCGCAGGAGUGAAGGACGGCCAGAAGACCCAGCGAGUCACGCUACACCAGUGGGUGUCGCAGAUCGCCUCUAACUCCAUGUCUCUCCCAGCCCUGCCGCCUCUUCCUCCAGGCCGACUGAGUGGUGAUGACAUGAGGCCCAGCAUUAGGAGGAAAAAGCAAUUCAGGCACUUAUCCGACAGAUUCAGCUGCAGCGUGUGUGACAAGAGUUUCCCGUACCAGUCCAAGCUGAUGGACCACGAGCGCAUUCACACGGGGGAGAAGCCCUUCCUGUGCACGGCGUGCAAUAAGAGUUUCCGAACCCAGGGGUUCCUCAACAACCACCUGAAGACGCACAGCACCGAGCGUCCCUUCGCCUGCGGCCAGUGUGGCAAGUGCUUCACCAAACUGCAGAGCCUCACCAAGCACAUCCUGGCCCACAGCGGCCAGAAGCCCUUCUACUGUAACAUCUGCAACAAGGGCUUCACGCAGUCCACCUACUUCAAGAGGCACAUGGAGUGCCACACCAGCCAGAUGACCUUUCCCUGCAAACACUGCAACAAAACCUUCCCCACGGCCUUCAAGCUGUCCAACCACGAGCGCUGGCACACCAGAGACCGUCCUCACAUGUGCGAGCGCUGCGGGAAGAGAUUCCUGGUCCCCAGCUUGCUGAAGAGACACAUGGGAUACCACAUCGGAGACCGGCAGUACCUCUGCUCCCAGUGUGGGAAGACCUUCGUCUAUUUGUCCGAUCUGAAGAGGCACCAGCAGGACCACAUACCCAAAGCAAAGAUCCCAUGUCCCGUCUGCCAGAAGAAGUUCUCCAGCAAGUACUGCCUACGGGUCCAUCUGAGGAUCCACACCAGAGAGAGACCCUACCGCUGCACUCUGUGUGACAAGAGCUUCACCCAGGUGGGGAACCUGAAGGUGCACAUCAGGCUGCACACCAACGAGCGGCCCUUCAGCUGCGACGUGUGCGGCAAGACCUACAAGCUGGCCUCGCACCUGAACGUGCACAAGAGGACUCACACCUGCAAGAAGCCCUGGACGUGCGACACGUGUGGGAAGGGGUUCUCAGUACCCGGCCUCCUAAAGAAGCACGAGCAGCUGCACACGCGGGAAGCCAACCCCGAUUUCCCCGGAAAACGGAGACACAGGGGCAAGCACAAGAAGCACUCCCUCAAGAGGAAGUAUGACGAGGAAGAAGAGGGGAGCGAUGACUAUUAAUCAUGUUUGGUGAUCAACGGAGCUCCCCAGAUCAGUCUUUCUCAGACUGAUAUCAAUGAAAGAUGGGUCAGUGGAGAGAGCUCCAACACUGAGACCAUGUGAACGCGUGACUAUCUUUCAGUUCCACUUGUUACCCUGUGGUCGAUAUUUUGUGAUCAUGUGGUAAAGCCAGCAAAGAUGUAUUUUGACUAAUUAUACGCCCAGCUAAAUGUAAAACUAAAGCUGUAAUUAUGAAGCAAGGAGUUUUAGGUAAAAAAUGUACCCACAUUUAGUGAAAAUGUCAAUCCAAACAGAGCAAUUGUGUUUUGUUUUUUUGUAAAGAAUUCUGUGAUCAGUUUCUCUUCAAAGUUUCUCUUAAGAACUAAACUGGUUCUGUUUGAAAGUUGGGAACAUACUUUCCAAACAUCAUGCUUAUUAAAAGGGCCACGUCUACAUGGCAAGUAUUUAAAAGAUUGACCUUGUAUAAACAAGUAUUUCAAAGCAUGUGACUGUACCUGGUGUGUGUACGAAAUGCUGUAGCAUCUGUAGAAACUGUUUUAUCUUCUUCAUGUGUUCUCCUGGAAACUGGUGACCCCAAACCGCUUGAACCACUCGGUUUUGAACUGUAACAUUUAAACUGCUCAGCUUUUUUAAAAGUCAAUCUAAUAAGUGUUCAUGGCUCUUUUUGUGUUGCUCUAAUGGUGAAACACUCACCAGAUUCAAGGUUGAUUUUGCAAAUUGGUCAAAUUUGCAAUGAAACCCCCAUCUAUACUCACCCGGUCAAAGCAGCCAUGUAUGUAAUCUAUUAUAUGUAUCCAUUCUUUCUUUUAUUUUCAGAAAAAUAAAUACUCUUUGCA